UUCUCCUCCCCUUUCGUUCUCUUUUUCAUCAGGUUGAGCCCUGCUCAGAGUUCAGAGCAGGAGGCAGACCCUCACAUGUAGAGUAAAGCUGUGUGGAUCUGGGACUUGCUGCUCAGCUAUGCAGUAGAGAGGAGGAUUAGCACCAGCUGAGCACCAGUGCAAGGAUCGGGCUUUUGGCCUUUAUCCAUCACCCGUCUGUCUGAGAGAGGGAGAGAGAGAGAGAGAGAGACACUUCCAUACUCUUUGUCUUUGGCUCUUUUUAACUUCAAUCUCCCCUUUUUCUAUCUUUCUCUCCUUCUUCCUUUUUCUCCUUGCACACCCAUCGCUCCCCCUCUCUCACCCAUGACCCUUCUGUCAGAGGACCAGUCUGUGCGGCCCCAGCCCUGCCAGGCCCCGGAGCCUGCCGGCAAACACAUCUGCACGUCUUUGGAGCGACGCGCGACGGAGCACACUGGCUCCAGAGAGGACUACAUGGACAUUAGCGGGGAGAGCGCCGUGUUCGAAGCCGUGGAGCCCCCCAGGCGCUCCCGGGGCCGCCUCCUCCUCCACGGCCUGGUCAUGUUCGGAAGGGAAUUCUGCUACGCCGUGGAGGCAGCCUUCGUCACGCCGGUGCUCCUGAGCGUGGGCCUCCCCCGCAGCCUGUACAGCCUGGUGUGGCUGAUCAGCCCCAUCCUGGGCUUCCUGCUUCAGCCCAUCAUCGGCUCGGCCAGCGACUACUGCCGCUCGCCAUGGGGCCGGCGGCGGCCUUACAUCCUGGUGCUGGGCAUCCUCAUGCUGCUGGGAAUCACCCUGUUCCUCAAUGGAGAUGCUGUCGUCUCAGCGCUCGUCAGCGACCGGUCACUGAAGAGCAUUUGGGCCAUCGUGGUGGUGAUGCUCGGGGUCGUGCUGUUCGACUUCGCCGCAGACUUCAUCGACGGGCCCAUCAAGGCCUACCUGUUCGAUGUGUGCUCGCAUCGGGACAAGGAGCUAGGCCUGCACUACCAUGCGCUCCUCACAGGCCUGGGCGGGGCGUGUGGGUACCUGGUGGGGGCCAUGGACUGGGGUCAUUCUGCGUUGGGUCAGGUGCUGGGCUCCGAGUACCAAGUCAUCUACUUCUUCUCAGCAUUGACCUGGAGCAUCUUCCUCACGGUGCACCUUUUCAGUAUCAAAGAGCAGCCUCUGGCCAAGGACCCAUCUGCUCCUGACACAUCACCUCCCAGCGCCCUGCGCGUCUUGGGAUCCCACAGCAAUGGCUACGGCACGUUAUCGAAGGAGCCCGUCUCCGCCGUGGCCCCGGCAUCGGCCCCGGACCUCAGGCCGAGGUCCUUCUCUGCCCUCGGGGAGGCCAACUCCGUGACCUCCAGCGCCAAGCAGCCAAACAAGGAGGCCCAGAAGAGGAUGACAUUCAGGUCGCUGAUGAAAGUCAUCAUCAACAUGCCAAGCCACUACCGCUGCCUGUGUGUCAGUCACCUGCUUGGAUGGACAGCUUUCCUCUGCAACAUGCUCUUCUUCACCGAUUUCAUGGGACAGAUUGUGUACAAGGGAAAUCCAUAUGCAGAGCAUAACUCUACCGCCUACAUCACAUACGAGAGAGGAGUGGAAGUGGGCUGCUGGGGACUGUGUAUUAAUGCUGUGUCCUCUGCUCUCUACUCCUAUGUGCAGCACUUCCUCCUCCCAUACAUCGGCCUGAAAGGAUUAUACUUCAUGGGCUACUUUGUGUUCGGCCUGGGCACCAGUCUGAUUGGCCUCUUCCCCAACAUCAUUGCCACGCUCAUCCUCUGCAGCGUGUUCGGUGUCAUGUCCAGUACUCUCUACACCAUCCCAUUCAACCUGAUAGCAGAGUACCAGCGGGAAGAGCAGGAACAAGCGGCGAAGCGGGGGGACAAAGAGCUGCCGCGGGGCACCGGCGUGGACUGCUCGGCGCUCACCUGCAUGGUCCAGCUGGCUCAGAUCCUGGUGGGCGCGGGGCUCGGCGCUCUGGUCAACCUGGCGGGAAGUGUAAUCGUGGUGGUGCUCUCAGCCUCCACCGUGUCUCUGUUAGGCUGCAUCUUCAUCGCCAUCUUCAUUAGAUAUGUGGAAUGACCCUGCUCAUAUGAAAGUAUU